CCUGGCUGGGUGUUCCGCACCUGGCACGAUGGCUACAUUUUGACCUUAGGGACCUCUCGCACGAGAACGGGACUUGAAUCAAGUCUGUGAAGACCCGCGCUGUCUAACUCUAAUUAUUUAAGUAUUAAAACAGGGUAUAUACCCAUUUUAAACAAUGGCUGCCUGUCACACACAACAUUCGUAACAUCAAAACAAGAUGAUGAGAGUCAAGAUACUUAACCAGUGAGGAGGCCGCCAUCAGAACAUCAGGAACAAUGAGGAUGCCAAGCUGUUAUUGAGGAACUUUAAAUGCCUUGUCCGAUGUCUUAGUUUCCUACAUAAAAGCUGAGUCAUGAAUACUGUGAACAUAAUUUGGCUGUUGAGGUUAAAGUUCAUAGUUCUGACUGAAUAAAGGCAUGGAUAUUAGUCGUGCCAGCAUUAAAAAUAAACCCUUAAACUAAUCGGAUGGUUGCGUUAAACAGUCUACAGGUGUUUUCAGCGGUUUUGUCCAAUGAUCAGCUGAGUAACUCACUUAAUGAUGCGUGCCGUAUUCAUGUUUAUAAGCAACCCAGUAUGGAUGAUGGUCUAGGUGGUGAUGACUUGUUAAGCAAUUCCAGCAACGCGUCUUGCCAGGAACGUCUGAUUGAAGAAGUAGCACGAUGUAGACUUCUGUCAGAUCAUCAGUCCGAUAUGGAGCCGAACGGACAAGCUGAGUUUCAGUUUCCAAGCGGACUGUUCUCAAGGAACGGAAAGUCAUUAGAUUGCGAUUUUUGUGGCCGUUUUUUUCACAAACGGAGAAAUCUAAAAUCACAUUUGAGGGUCCACACCGGAGAAAAACCUUACGUUUGUGACAUUUGCAACAAACGGUUUGCACAGCGGAGCACCCUCAAGACCCAUAAGGACAUUCACAACAGACCUGGCGGGAGCUCAUUACACGGGAAACAAAAAAAUGAGGGGAACUUCAAAUGUGAUGUUUGCGGUUACGCCUUCAGUAAACCGAGUGCCCUACUUAUGCAUAUGAGUGUCCACACAGGUGAGAAACCUUUCUCUUGUGACUUUUGCAACAGACUCUUUGCACGAAAAGGCAAUCUCAAAUGCCAUCUUGAGACUUGUCCCCAAAACGUUCAUGGUCAUCAGAAGAGUUAUUUAUGCGAUAUGUGUGGACGAUGUUUUACCUCUCGUCAAUAUCUGAAAACCCACGCCAAGAUCCACACCAACGACAGAGUUUUUCCUUGUGACGUUUGUGAUAAACGGUUCAUAACAAGCAGUGAGCUCAGAAAACAUCAGUGGUGUCACAAAACCGAGAAGCCAUAUUGCUGCGGUAAUUGUUCGUUUACGACCGCUCUCAGAGGUAACUUCACAAGACAUCUUAAAGUUCAUGAGAAGAUUUUCCUGUUUGCUUGUGACCACUGUAAUAGACGCUUCAAGACUGGGAGUGAACUUGAAACACAUCGGCUUGUACAUCCCUAUGAGCUCACACCACAAACACACUCCAGUUUUGCUGUGGAAACUCCAUCAUCCUAUGUGUUAGUGCAGAAUCAUGGAGACCCUCACCAAGCCGAUUAUGAGGAACAACCAUUCAUGGAUUUGUCUGGAAGCAUUGACACAAAGGACCUCCAGAGAACCUCAAGUGAUAAUGCUCUUAAAGAACAGGCUUACAUAGUAUCUGUUGAGGGUGUUGUUUGUAAUGAACAAUCAACGAAUAUUACUCAAGACAGUAGUGCAAAAGAAAUAACAAGACACUUGAUUGAUAAUGCUUGUCAGGAACAGGAUGCUGCAAGAUCAUGUGAUAAACUUCUUUCUGAUGAUGAACAAUCAAACACGAGAACUUGCCAAGAUGAUAAUAGCAAGUGUCAAGAUCAGUUUGUCGUCGCAUCUCAAAAUACAGCUCAACCUGACAAGAAAGAAAGCAGGGACAUCCUAAUGGACAUCAGAGAAAGAAAUCAACAAACUGAACCUCUAUUUCCUCCCAGCCUAAAGAUAACACCAAGUGAAAGGAAAUUUCUUUGUGAUCUAAAAACCAAUAACAGAGUUUACACAGACCAAAAACCAUUUACGUGCGAUGUUUGCAACAGGCAGUUCUUAUAUCGCAGUAAGUUAAAAACUCAUAAAACUACUCACAACAAACCUGAGAAAAACGCACCUCGUGUAAAAGUUAAAAACGAGGGAAAAUUCAAAUGUGAGAUUUGUGGUUACGCUUUUCCAAGAGUGAACGCCCUCAUAAUGCACAAGAGAAUCCACACAGGAGAAAAACCGUACUCUUGCGAGUUUUGCAACCGACACUUUGCCCAGAAAGGUAAUCUAAAAUCCCAUCAAUUGACAUGUGAUCAGAAUGGGAAAGCCGUCCAGAAAUCUUUCAUCUGUAACAUUUGCGGACGGGGUUUCAAUCACAAACAGAAUCUUAAAUGCCACAUAAAAAUCCACACCAACGACAGGGCUUAUCCCUGCGACAACUGUGAAAGACGGUUUAUAACAAGGAGUGAGCUUAAGGUUCAUCAGUGGAGCCACAAGAAAGAGAAGCCAUUUUUUUGUGGCGUUUGUGGAUUCACAGCUGCUCUCCGAGCAAACUUUACAAGACAUCUCAAGACUCAUGAAAAGAGUCUUAAAUUUUCUUGCGACAGAUGCGAUAAACGUUUCAAAACUGAUAGUGAACUCGCCACACACCAAGUAAUACACAGUCCUUAUCCAGUUACAUGUACACAAGAUACUUAUAGUGUCUUAGAAAUGCCUUCAAAUGAGUUGGUCCAGAUACAUGCAGACAGCCAACAAAUCCAAACAAAUAAACUACCAAGUAUGCAUGUUAAUAUUCAAGACAAUAGUUUAGAUUCAGACGUCUUUAGUGGCUCAUGUGAUAAUGCUUGCCAAGAAGAGUCUGCCCUAGUAUCAUCAGAUGUUUCAGUUCUUUCAGAUGAAGAAUCUGAUGCUACACAGGGUAGCGGUUUGAAGGAAUGCGCAAACCUCUCAGGCGAAGGUGGUUGCCAAGACCACCCUGUCAGUGUCCCAAUCCAAACACUUCUUACAGAUGAACUGAACUUGGACAUUGAUAAAGAGAAAGUGUUCAUCAACUCAUUUGAUGAUGCUUCCCAAAUGAAAGAGUUCAUCAACUCAGUUAUUGAUGCUUCUCAAGAGAAACUGAUCAAUAACUCAGUUGAUGAUGCUUCUCAAGAGAAACUGUUCAAUAACUCAAUUGAUGAUGCUUCUCAAGAGAAACUGUUCAAUAACUCAGUUGAUAAUGCUUCUCAAGAGAAACUGUUCAAUAACUCAGUUGAUGAUGCUUCUCAAGAGAAACUGUUCAAUAACUCAGUUGAUUAUGCUUCCCAAGAGCAGUCUGACUUUGAUUCACAUGAUGCUGCUCUUGAUAAGCAACCAAACUUGGAUACCUGUCAAGAGAUUGAUUCAAAGAAACCAUUGAGAACUUUGUGUCCUGAUACUUGCCAAGAGCAAGUUAUGGUAUCACAAAGUUCAGCUCAUGACAAACAAUUGAUCAGAGAUACUAGCCGAGCCACAAUUAAACCAGAAAUUGUAAGCGUGUCAUGCGAUGAUGCUUGUACUGUUGUGUUGCAUGAUAGAGUUCUAUCUAAUGAAGAACCAAAUGUGGAAACUUGUCAAGACAGAGAUACAAAGGACUUCUUGAUAAGCAAAUCAUGUGAUGACGUUGGCCAAGAACAGUCUAUCACACCAUCACAGAGAAAAGCUCUUAGUGAGGAAAAACUAAAAAUAUAUGUUUUUCCAGAGCUGUUAAGCGCCUCAUUAGAGGAUCCUUGCCAAACACAGUCUGCUGCAGAGACCCUUGAUAAUGUUCUUACAGAUGAACGACCAGAAGUGGAUACCAGAAGUCUCAAAGAACUUGUAAGCAACUCUUGCGACGAAGAGCAGCCCUCUGUUGUUUCAGUUAGCAAAGUUGGCUGGGAUUCUGUGCAAGAUGUGAAUGAUGAACAAGUCUCAAGCCUCGACAAAAGAUUUCUUUGCGAUAUCUGUGGACGAGGAUUCCUAGAACGGAAAAAUCUAAGAGGCCAUAUGCGGGUUCACACCGGCGAAAAGCCAUAUUCUUGCAAUGUUUGUAAUAGACGGUUUGCUCAGAAUAGCACACUGAAAUACCACAAAAUCACACAUGUUAAAAAAACAGAAAACAUCCCUCGACUGAAGCAGAAAAAUUACGGCGAUUAUAAAUGUGAGGUCUGCGGUUAUGCUUUUGAAAAACACAGUGCCUUACUGAUGCACAAGAGAGUCCAUACUGGUGAGAAACCUUUCUCGUGCGAAUAUUGCAACCGCCAUUUUGCAUCAAAGGGUAACCUGAAAUGCCAUGUUUCCACUUGUCUUCAAAAUGCAGAUGCAAAACAUGAUAUUUACAAAUGUGAUAUUUGCGGACGCGGUUUCAAUCAUAGAUCCAAUAUGAAAAGUCACAUUAAGGUGCACAACAAUGAACGGGCCCACGUGUGCGACGUCUGCCACAAACGUUUCAUAACGAACGGUGAGCUCAAAGUACACCAGUGGAGUCACAAAACGGAAAAGCCGUUUUGCUGUGGUGUGUGUGGCUUCACUGCAGCACGGAGAAGUUCUAUAACAAUUCAUAUGCAUAGUCACUUUAAGAAUCUUCCUUUAGCUUGUGACGGAUGCAACACACGAUUCAAAACUAAGCACGAACUAGAUUCACAUCAACCAAUACACACAUGAGCAAACAUAGUAUUAACAAUGUGAUGAACACUUUAAGCUUCCAUGUCUAAAGGGACAAGUUGCCUUGGACCAGGCGAGUUGGUCCAUGAAAAUUAUUUUGAAACCGUUUGUUUUAAAAUGCAUAAUGGUUAGAUAGAUGUUUUGAAAGUAGAUUAUAAUGAUCCACGGAUUUCCACAUGGUCAGCCAUUUUGUUGACUGUACAAAAUGGCUGACCUUGUUUUUGAAAAAUAAAGUAAAAUCUUGCAAUUUUGAGUACUUCAUAACCAAUAUGCAUUUCAUAACAGAGGGUUUCAAAUGCUUUUCCUGGACCAAAUCGCCAGAUCCAAGGCAAUAUGUCCCUUUAAUAAAACUAUGCACAGCCACAAUCAUGGGUGUACUUUAUGUAACAAAGACACCAAAUGAACGACAGAUAAAUAUUAAAUAUCUU